AUGACAGAAUUUGUUGUAGUGGGUUGUGGGGUAAUUGGCCUCUAUACUGUCGCAUGCUUAAUCGAAAAAGGUGUAGAACCAACUAAGAUUUCAAUUAUAGCAGAGCACCUUCCAGGUGAUCAGUCUAUUCAAUAUGCAUCACCGUAUGCUGGUGCGUACUUCUCAGCCUCCGUAGAAAUGGAAUUGUUACCAUAUAGUAACUAUACAUAUCAAAAUUUGCCAAAAAUACAAGAAAUGUUGAAAAACAUUAGUUCCCCAAUUGGUUUAGGAAUGUGCCCAUCUACUGAAUAUUUAGAUGAGGAAAUGUCAAAAGAGGAGUUAGAUAAGGUAAGUGAAGUAAUUGAAGAUUGGGAAUACCUUCCUAAAGAAAAAGUCGAAAAGAUUUCGCCAGGAUCAAAAUGUGCAAUUAAAUACAAGGCAUGGAUUUUCAAUUCCCCUUUAUUUAUAUCCAGUCUAUUGAAGUCACAUAAGGCGAGAGGGGUAUCUGUCUUGAGGAAAAAACUCUUGAAUAUCUCGGAAGCAUAUUCUGAAAGUACUAAAGUCGUGUUCAACUGUACUGGAAAUGGUUCAGCGACAUUGGCUGGAGUUUUAGAUGUGAAAGUUUACCCGACUAGAGGUCAAGUGGUUGUAAUCAGUGCUCCACAUAUUACAGAAUGUUUUCUGAAAUGGGACGAUGAUUCAACGUAUAUUAUUAAGAGACCUGAUUCACAAUUGAACGAGGUUAUACUUGGUGGAUUUUAUCAGAAAAACGUUAGUGAUGCUACCACAUAUGGCUAUGAAACGGAUGAUAUUUUACUCCGAACUACAAAAUUAUAUCCUAAACUAUUACUUGAUAAUCCUUGGGGUAAUACCAUUAGUGAUCUUCAAAUUCUUAGGGUUGUCGCUGGUGCUAGACCUAGUAGAAAUGGUGGUGUUCGUAUUGAAAAGGAAAUUUUGGAUAAAAAAAGAAUUUUGAUCCACAAUUAUGGUGCAGGGGGUUGUGGGUAUUUAAGUGGCUUGGGAAUGGCACAUGCUGCUGUUUCACUACUUGAUGAAUGA